GGAAGAAAGUCUUGUCAGUGAUUGGUUGUUAGAUUCCCUUAUCCUUCCCAUGCUUCUCCCCGUACCGUAACAAAGCUCAAACCCAAAGAGAGAAAACACUGCGAGCAAAAUCCAAACCCAAAUUGAAUUCAAACAUGUUAUCCGGUGGUGUAGUCAGCACUUCCUUCACCUCCAUCUUACCCAGAAAAAACCAAUCCAAUCUCCUUUUCCCCUCCAAAUCCAUUUCAUGUUCCCUUCCAGGAGCUGUUGCUGAACCAAAAGCAACAAAUGCUACUGAACCGCUUUUGCUUAAUGCUGUUCGUGGGUUGGAUGUUGAAAGACCUCCAGUUUGGCUUAUGAGACAAGCUGGGAGGUACAUGAAGAGUUACCAAGUAAUCUGCGAGAAAUAUCCUUCAUUCCGUGAAAGGUCUGAAAACGUUGAUCUCGUGGUAGAAAUUUCAUUGCAACCAUGGAAGGUUUUCAAGCCUGAUGGGGUGAUUUUAUUCUCAGACAUUCUUACCCCACUUUCUGGAAUGAAUAUCCCGUUCGAUAUUGUGAAAGGUAAGGGUCCUGUCAUAUUUGACCCUGUUCACUCGGCAAGCCAAGUUGAUGAAGUGAGGGAGUUUAUUCCUGAAGACUCAGUUCCAUAUGUCGGUGAAGCACUGACAAUUUUGAGGAAAGAGGUGGAUAAUAAGGCUGCAGUCCUUGGUUUUGUUGGGGCUCCAUUCACCCUGGCAUCGUAUGUGGUUGAAGGUGGUUCAUCAAAACACUUCUCAAAAAUAAAGAGACUGGCUUUCUCUGAACCCAAGAUCCUCCACUCAUUACUGCAGAAAUUCACAACAUCAAUGGCAAGAUACAUACAAUACCAAGCUGACAACGGAGCUCAAGCUGUUCAGAUAUUCGAUUCAUGGGCAACAGAGCUUAGUCCAGUGGAUUUUGAGCAAUUUAGUUUACCGUACUUGAAGCAGAUUAUUGACACUGUAAAGAAAAGCCAUCCAGAACUCCCUCUUAUCCUCUAUGCAAGUGGAUCAGGAGGCCUUCUUGAGAGAAUAGCUUUAACCGGUGUGGAUGUAGUUAGUUUGGAUUGGACGGUUGAUAUGGCUGAUGGUAGAAGGAGAUUAGGACCAAAUAUAGCUAUCCAAGGUAACGUUGAUCCUGGUGUUCUUUUUGGUUCAAAAGAGUUAAUCACUGAUAGGAUAAAUGAUACUGUGAGAAAAGCUGGUAGAGGAAAACACAUCUUGAAUCUUGGUCAUGGCAUUGUAGUAGGUACACCUGAGGAGAAUGUAGCACAUUUUUUUGAGGUUGCCAAAGGACUCAAAUACUAAGAAGUUAACUAUGAUUUUUUUAAGUACUAGCAUUUUUAUUCAUUUCAUUAUGGUUAAUAUAAUAUUUUGGUUUGUCAA